AUGUCUGGGGACGAGUAUGAUUUCCUCUUCAAAGUUGUUCUCAUCGGAGACAGCGGUGUCGGAAAGUCCAAUCUUCUGAGCAGAUUCACAAGAAACGAGUUCAACCUCGACUCAAAGUCCACCAUCGGGGUCGAAUUCGCUACGAGAUCCAUCCAAGUCGACACCAAGACAAUCAAGGCUCAAAUCUGGGAUACCGCAGGCCAGGAAAGAUACCGUGCAAUCACAUCAGCCUACUACCGAGGCGCCGUCGGGGCUUUGCUCGUCUACGACAUCAGCAAACAUCAAACAUACGAUAAUGUUACUCGGUGGUUGAAAGAGCUUCGGGAUCAUGCGGAUGCCAACAUUGUCAUCAUGCUGGUCGGAAACAAGAGCGAUUUGCGACACCUACGUGCUGUCCCUACAGAAGAAGCCAAGCAGUUCGCCAGUGAGAACAACCUGUCGUUCAUCGAGACAUCCGCUCUUGAUGCUAGCAACGUCGAGUUGGCAUUCCAGAACAUCUUGACUGAAAUCUAUCGCAUUGUCUCCAGCAAAGCCCUUGAUAGUGGAGAUGCUGCUCAGGCCCCAAGCGGAGGGGUCAAGAUUGACAUGACCCCUUCAGGAACGCCAGAUGCAAAGGGCAACAAGUGCUGUUGA